GCUGCUCUUGAAAAGGGUAAGAACUUGGAAGCAUUAGCAGAUGGUGAUGUGACAAAUGAAGAACUGCUACCGGCUGAAGAUUUUGGUCAUGCAGCAGAAUCUGUCAAGUCAUUGACAUCUCAAAUGAAUGAGCUAGGUGUUUCUGCAAAUUCUGCCGUGAGUACGCCUCCUGUAGACUCGGCGGAGACUUUAGAUCUGAAUGCUCCGUCUCAAGAUAUUGAUAAAAAAAUUCGGGCACUUAAAAAGAAGAUUCGACUAGCAGAAGCUCAGCAGCAGAAAACUGCACCACAGGAUAUGAAGCCAGAGCAGUUGGAGAAGUUGGCGAAAUUGGAGAGCUGGCGCCAGGAACUAGAGUUUUUGGAGGGUAAAAAAGCUGAAGAGUCGACAUCAUGAAUUAGGGUUUGUUCUAACUUGAACAAACUGUGUAGUUUUCCAUUUAUUUUUUACUAAGGUGUAAACUCUGCAUUGUUGGAUCAAAAUUCUUGUCCAGAUUUUUCCAACUAUGGUACAUGAUCAUGAGUUUGCCUUUAA